AAACAUGUUUAGUGCCACAACACAGCCCCAACAGCCUCGUUCAAAUAAAAGUGACCACACAAACUGAAUAGAUCACAAAAUCACUUGUCACCGAAAGAAAAAAUGGGAGCUGUUCUAAAGGUUAUACUGCAAGCUACACUAGCUGUAAUGAUGAUCUGUUCGCUGACUGCAGCCCAUUCUCUGGAGAAAGACCCAAGCAAUACUAGUGGUGAUGGAGAAACCCACACCUGUCCACAAGUGGAGCCCCUGAGAGGAAGAGACGGCAGAGACGGGAGAGAUGGUGUGAGGGGAGAGCCAGGAGCCCAGGGACCAAAGGGAGACAGAGGUCUGCCUGGUCUUCCAGGAGAACAGGGUCCACAAGGUCCUGAGGGUCAGAACGGCAGUGAUGGUGGGAAGGGAGAGAGAGGAGCAAAGGGAGACAGAGGAGAGGCCGGAUUACAAGGUCCUCAAGGUUUGCCUGGUGAACAGGGUCCAGCAACAGGAGGAGGAACAGUCUACACUCGCUGGGGGAGGACCUCAUGUCCCUCGGACCAGGGAACAACACUAGUCUACUCUGGAAGAGCUGGGGGGUCUACCUGGAGUACUAAAGGAGGAGCAGCUAACCUCAUCUGUCUGCCAGAUGAUCCUGAGUACUCACUGUAUGCAGCUGGAGUUCAGAAUAAUAGUCCCCUCACGGGAGCACAGUACAGAGCCUUAGGCCAGCCAUUUCAAACUAAACAUGCCCAUAACAUACCGUGUGCAGUUUGUUGUACCUCCAUCAGAAGUAAACUACUAGUGAUACCUGCCAAACUGAGCUGCCCUACCAACUGGACAAUAGAGUACAAUGGAUACCUCAUGGCAGGUCGUCAAAGUGAUGAUAUACACACCCUAUUUGAGUGCAUCGAUGGUCAACCAGAGUCUGUUCCUGGACUGAAUGGAGAUGACGGUGGAAAUGCUCAGUACUAUCACAUGGAGGCAACCUGCAAUAGUCUUAAUUGUCCUCCUUAUGAUAAUGAGAAGGAGGUGACAUGUGUUGUCUGCACUCAGUGAUGAAAUGAACACUGAGCUAGUGACUAAAACUGUAGCAUAAACAUAAUAAACUUGAAGGUAGAUUUUUGGUGAACAUGUAACUUGACAACAU